AGAGGGCCUGGGCUGGCGGGCGGGUCCAAGCCCAGCCCAGGCAGCCCCAUCAGCCCCAGUGGCCACAGCCGCACAGCCGCACAGCCAGAGCCCUCUGGCCCAAGUGUGGAGGCCCUGGCCCUGCGGGAGUCGGGGCUGUUGCUGGCCCUUCUGGUGGUGAUGGUGACAGCGGCCCAGCCCACCCACCUGCUGAGCCUGCUCAGGGCAGGCCGGGGCGCCCUGGACCGGGAGGCACUGGGCAGCCUGUUAAAUACGCUGGCGGCCCGUGUGCACUGCGCUGGCGUGCCGUGUGGAAAGGUAAUGGCUCCACCCGACGGCCCCCCGCCCCAGCCCCUUCCCGCCCCCUCCACCCUGAGGCUGGCAGCAAAGGGCCCUGGGCAAACUCCAGGAGGCGGGCCGAGGCUGGUGAUCGGGCACCCAGGCCCUGCCCGCAGGCCAGAGCCCACCCUCCCUGCUGGGGCUCGGAAGGCCUGCCCUGCCCAGGACCAUGCAUGGCCUGGAGCCCCAAACCAACGGGCUCCAGGAAGAAAGCAGGGGCAUGGGGGUCUAGGGUGCCGGGAAAGGGGUGGCUGUGAGGGCCCGGAGGGGACAUGCCCCAUCUGCCCACAGUGCCUGACAGUGGAGGACGUGCUGGCCCUGGGCAAGCCGGAGGAGCCCGGGCUCCCUGCAGGGCAGGUCCUGGAGGCCAGGCACAUGGCUCGCUUUGGUGCCGCGGCCGCCCUCUACCUCAGCGACCCAGAGGCCACGUGUGCAGAUGUCCGGGCUGGCCGCUGGGCCUCCCAUGCCGACCGUCUCCUGGCCCUGCUCGAGGGCCCUGAGGCUCUGACCCUGGGCCUGAGCCGGCUGCUCUGGAGGAUCCAGGCCCGAGCUGGCUGGCCCACAGUGGCAGAGACCUGCGUAGGCGUCUCUCAGCUGCUAGGGGAAGUGGCAGGGGCACCUGGCGGCCCCGGCCCAGCGCUGGCUGCCCUUCUGGACCACGUGAGGAGCGGCUCCUGCUUCCACGCCCUGCCCAGCCCUCAAUACUUUGUGGACUUCGUUUUCCGCCAGCAGGGCAGUGAGGCCCCCAACAUCACCCUGGCCGAGCUGGCGGCCCUGAUGCAGCGUCUGGGCGUGGGCAGCGAGGCCCAUGGUGACCACAGUGACCAUGGUGAGCUGGGCAGGGGGGCCAGCCACCAGCGCCCUGUGGCCCCUGCCACCUCCAACAGCAGCCCCAGCACGUGGGACACGGUAUGCCUGAGUGCCAGGGAUGUGAUGGCCGUGUAUGGGCUGCCCGAGCACGUGGGGGUGACCCCAGAGGCCUGGGCCCAGUUGAGCCCUGCCCUGCUCCAGCAGCAGCUGAGCGGGGCUUGCAGCCCCCAACCCACGCUCCCCAGUGAAGACCAGCUCAGCCAGGUGGAGAGGUACCUGUACGGCUCCCUGGCCACACUGCUCACCUGCCUGAGUGCAGGGCUAGGCCUCCUGCUGCUGACCUGCACUGGCUGCGGCGUGGGGGCCCACUACGUCCGGCAGACCUUCCUGAGCCUGGCUGUGGGAGCACUCACUGGAGACGCCCUCUUGCACCUGACACCCAAGGUGCUGGGGCUGCAUGCGCACAGUGGGGAGGGCCUCAGCCCACAGCCCACCUGGCGCCUCCUGGCCAUGCUGGGGGGCCUCUACGCCUUCUUCCUAUUCGAGAAUCUCUUUAACCUCCUGCUGCCCAGGGACUCAAAGGUCAGUAUCUUGGUGACUGGACCCCUCCUGCCAGUGGGGUGGGGGGUGGGCCUGGUGCACCCUGAGCCACUAACCCCACAGGACUCAGAGAAGGAAUGGCCCUGCAGCCACAGUGGCCACAGCCACGGCAGCCAUGGUGGCCACAGCCAUGGCGUGGCACUGCAGCUGGCACCCAGCGAGCUCCGGCAACCCAAGCAGCCCCAGGAAGGCUCCCAGGCAGAUCUGGUGGUAGAGGAAACCCCGGAGCUGCUGCACCUGGAACCCCGGAGGCUGAGUCCAGAACUGCGGCUCCUUCCCUACCUGAUCACCCUGGGCGACGCUGUGCACAACUUCGCCGACGGCCUGGCGGUGGGCGCCGCCUUUGCAUCCUCCUGGAAGACCGGGGUGGCCACCUCCCUAGCGGUGUUCUGCCACGAAGUGCCGCACGAGCUGGGAGACUUCGCCGCCUUGCUGCACGCCGGGCUGUCUGUGCGCCGAGCGCUACUGCUAAACCUGGCCUCGGCGCUCACGGCCUUCGCCGGCCUCUUCCUGGCGCUCGCGGUCGGAAUCGGCGAGGAGAGCGAGGCCUGGAUCCUGGCAGUGGCCGUCGGCCUCUUCCUCUACGUGGCGCUCUGCGACAUGCUCCCGGCCAUGCUGAACGAGAGGGACCAGCGGCCUUGGCUCCUCUUCCUGUUGCACAACCUUGGCCUGCUGGGCGGCUGGACCGUCCUGCUGCUACUGUCGCUGUACGAGGACAGCAUCACCCUCUGAUGCCCCUGCCCUGGUCUGUCUCAGCGCUCUGGACCUGCCAGGCCCACUGAACCUACAGCCAAGAGCCAGAGAGCCGCAGGCCUUUGUGCCUCCUCCUGGUGCCCCUGUGGCUUCAAUAAAGACACCC